AGGGUGUACAGCGCUCCGCUCCGUACCUGGACCAGCUGAGCUCAACAGCUUCUGGUGAUACGACCAUUACUGGUAGUUAAUAAACGUCAACGCGUUUCUUCCCCCUCACGCUCGCGGGCUAUUGACUCGUUGGUAACAAUGAGGAUGAGAUACAGCCUAACCUCAGAAACUUAUGGCGACAAUUUAAAGUUUUAUUUUACUAAUAGGGAGAAAACCAAUUUGGUAAAGUAAUGAUCAAGUGUUAAGUAGAAUAAUUAAUUAACGUGAUUUAGCAUCCAAGCACUGAUGAUAAUCAUUCUCAGCUUAUUACCUGGUGUUGUAUUUGUCUAUUGUAUUCAGUAAACAGACUGUUGUAGUUACGUAGUCAAGAAUAGACCUGUUUACGCGUGAGUAAUAGUGAUCUGUGAAACAAUUGAUCAACUCUACAGGAACCCUUGAGAGCGAGUGAUAUUGACCUUUAAUUAGAUAUCAAAACUGGAAGUUUGGAUCUUAGGAAAUUUCUCCUACUUAAGGUGGUGCGGCGAGUGAAUGGUCAGUCCUGUUGAAAGUGGCUGGUCAGUAAGGACUCUGAGUCUGACCUUAAAUAGUAAAAACCCCGAUUCUGACCCCAGUGACGACCCCCUCUCUGACCCCCUAAGCAGUGCCGACCCCUUCUCUGACCCCCGAAGCAGUGACGACCCCUUCUCUGACCCCCUAAGCAGUGUCGACCCCCUCUCUGACCCCCAAAGCAGUGACGACCCCCUCUCUGACCCCAGAUCAGGUUGACCUAACGCAGAGAGAGAGAGAGACGGGUCAGUGGCGGGAGGCAGACAGUGCUUUAUAGUGUCCAUCAUCGGAAAAUCCUUUGAUCGUAAAAAAAAGUGGAGCAAAACGACUGUUGGUGUUGGCAUCAUGUAUGCCCUUCUGUUGGGACUCUUCCUCGCCACCACUACACCAGGUUGGUGCUCGUGGGUGGCGGGUCCGGUCUUCGUGGAGUCUCCCGCCAACGUGACGGUGAGCGAGGGCGCCCACGCCUUCCUCCCCUGCCGGGUGGCCAACCUCGGCGACAGAUCCGUGACGUGGAUGAGACGACGAAACCUGCACAUCAUCACGGCGGGACUCCUCACCUACUCUCCCGACGACCGCUACAGAGUGCUCCACCCGGGGAACACGGACGAGUGGACGCUACACAUCAAGUACGCCCAGCCAGGGGACGGUGGCUGGUACGAGUGUCAGGUCAACUCUGACCCCAAGAUCACCAGGCCUGUCCUCCUCAUUGUCAAGGGUCAGUAUCUCACUCUGGUUGGUGGCCUCACUCAUUACAAGAAUAUGGACGACCCGUUUUACCAGCUGGAGGCCUCUAACAAUGGUGAGUAUUUUACCCCUGUGUCCUAG